GCCGUAGGUGUCUCAGGCCCUUGCGGGAGGGAUGCAGAGGCGCUGAGACAGGCGGGGAGCGGAGAGGGACUCGGCAGUGAGCGUCUGAGAGGGAGACCCGGGCGCUUCCCUCCCCGUUUCGUUGUUUCGGAGUGGCCAGGUGACUGUCACGGGAUGCGAACGCAGCUGGAUUCGGUUUGAGUCAGGAACCUGAAAAUGAGCAUUUCGGUGUCCUUCAUCCUGAGCCAGCCAGACCAUUCUCAAAAGGAGUCCAAAAUAAACACACGAAACGUGCUUAGAGGCACAGCUUUCCUUUUUACCUCAAAGCCGAAUGUCUGUUGCAGGCAGGACGUUUUUUUCUGCGUGCCAAGUCCGAGAGAAAAAGAAGAGAAUAGCGAAUAAUACUUGCUCUUAAACGGUGUUUGAAAAGAGAAGGUGCAGUGCUGAAGAUUAGGCUGUGCAGGCACCUCAGAAGGCUGCUGUAUUUGUUGUCGCUUAUACUCUGGCGAAAAGGGCCUUUUCGGGCAGCAAGGGCUGAAAUAGAGUUAAAUGGCAGCUACGCUCCUCAGGUGGCACAGCUGAGUCCCCAGUAAGACACUUUCCUUUUUCCUCUGUCCAUCACCCUGUUUCAGUCUAAUCCCUAUCAACUCCUCUUUCUGUGCAGUUUCCCUUUGCAGUAGCGGAGCUGGGUAGGAGCAGGCAGAAAACAGCUUAAUCUAGUUCCCUGCCUCCUCCUCUGGCCAGUGUGUUCCUCCUCCCCCGGGGACCCGAUCGUUCAGCAGCACGCUGCCAGCCAAACGCAGGUUGGAUUUUUCCCUGACGGUUUUGCGCGCACGUCAGAAUUUCCUUGGGAAGUCAUUAAUUCCGGCAUCUGUUAGAGCGCAGAGGAAAGGUGAAAUCUCGGGGGAUGUUUUCCGACCUGCUGGGGAACGGGGUUUUGGAGGGCGCGUACCAAAGUUGUCCUCGGGUAGUGCAAAAGCUGUCUUUUGAGCAACAAAAGCGGAUGAUCUCUGCUCCUGUUCUGCAGGGUUUCCCCCCUCCUCUCCUUGGGGUUGGACACAGCUGGUGGGAGGGAUUUCUGACUGUCAGCAAGGAAAGAAAGGAGAGAGCCUGUGAGUGAAAGGAGCUAGACCUGGGGAAGGCAGCAGGAAAGUUCUGUUGCUCUCUUGAAACACAGGAAAGCUGCUCUUUGUGUCUGCGUUACUCGGUCUCGUCGCAGGAGAAAGCUGGGAAGCAGCAGCGGGAGGAUGGCUUUAGCUGUGCGGCUGGUUACGUGAGGAUUGUGCCUGCUUUUGGAGACGUCCUCGGGGCGGUGGACUCGUCUGUGCACAGGAGAGCACCCCUCCUCCCUCCUCCCGUCCUUCUCCGAGUUGUGUGUUGCGGUGUGAAGUGGAUCGGGACUUCAGAUCAGUUCAACCCACGUGAGGCUUCGCUCCCGGGCCGACCCGAGACCUUGUGAGCCAUCAGGUCUUUGGACCUUGUCAAGAAGCAAAUGCGAGAAGGAAAAGUCACUUCGGGGUACUUCACUACUGGCAAAGGAGCAUAAGAAGCCAGGUUUGGUUUGGGGAAAAACUCAGCGUCAAUCCGCCUUAUGAAAAUUUCCCACGGACCGAAGAAACUUGCUGCACGGAGCCCAUGUGGGGGAAAGCAGCCGGGAGCGAUAGGUCUGCUCUCCCCGUGAACCCCGGCCAGAAUCCCUGCGUGCUCCAGUAGCGUUGUCCUUCGCAAGAGAGGGAGAAGCUGGCAAGUGGAAAGGGGAGGCAGCGAUGAGUGGGGCUUUUUCAGGCAUAGGAACCCGCUAAUCUUGCUUGAGAAGGCUGCGAAACUUGCUAGGCACCCGCCAGAAGCACCUUGGGGAGGAGAGAGGAGCCGUUGCGAUGGAGCUGCGCAUGCUGGCACUGUCGUCCAUCCUUGCAUUGCAAAUAUCUUCGCCUGCUUCUGGGAACAAGCUUCAGCCCCAUAUGCCGAACGUUUGCGCGGAGCAAGAGCUGGCGAUAGUGGGGCGCAGGCGGCCGUGUGUCCAGGCCUUCCCUCGUGUGGUCAAAGUGUGGAAGCAAGACUGCGGAGGACGGCUGUGGUGCGCCGGCUACGAGCGGAGAACCGCGUACGUCUCGACCUACAGGCAGGUGUACGCGCUGGAGCAUCAGACAGCGUUCAAGUGCUGCCCGGGCUGGGCCCAGCGCGCCGGGGACGCCGGCUGCCUUUUCCCUGCCUGCAGUUACGGAGUUUGUUUCAAUGGUGGAAACUGCGGAGAAGGAUCUUCUCAGCUCUGUCAUUGCCCCUCCGGUUUCCAGGGACCUCGCUGCCAGUAUGAUAUUGAUGAGUGCCGGGUUCACAACGGGGGCUGCCAGCACAGAUGCCUGAACACCCUCGGGUCCUACUACUGCGAGUGCAAGCCGGGCUUUCGCCUGCACACCGAUGGCAGGACCUGCAUUCCUGUGAGCGCUUGCGCCGUGAGCAACGGGGGCUGCGAACACGACUGCGUGCAGGUGACCCUGACGCAGCAUCGGUGCCAGUGCCGGCCCAACUACCAGCUGAGGGAGGACGGCAAGCGCUGCACCCUGAGGAACCCGUGUGCCGACAGGAACGGCGGCUGCAUGCACCGCUGCCACAGUCGUCGCGGAGCAGCACGCUGCGAGUGCCACCCCGGUUACAGGCUGGCCGCUGACAGUAAGGCCUGCGAAGAUGUGAACGAAUGUCUGACGGGACUAGCCAUGUGCGCACAUCGGUGUCUCAACACUCGUGGCUCCUUCAAGUGUGCCUGCAACCCAGGCUACGAGCUGGGGGCAGACGGCAAGCAGUGCUACCGCAUAGAAAUGGAGAUUGUGAACAGCUGCCAAGCCAAUAACGGGGGCUGUUCCCACACCUGCCACCACACCAGCUCCGGCCCAGCCUGCACCUGCAACUUUGGCUACCAGCUCGAAGACGACCAGAAGACAUGUACUGAUGUCGACGAAUGCGACAGCGGUUCUCACUCCUGUUGUCAGCAGGAUUGUUACAACUAUCCUGGCGGCUAUGAGUGCACUUGCUACGCUGGAUACAGGCUCAGCGCAGAUGGUUGCGGGUGUGAUGAUGUGGACGAGUGUUCUUCAAAUAAUGGCGGAUGUGAACACACAUGUCAGAACCAGAUAGGGUCUUUCCAGUGCGGCUGCCAGAUUGGAUACAAACUGGACGAAGACCGAAGGAGCUGCAUUUCUCUAGAAGUCCCCGUGGAAGCCCUGGAUGGUCGGCGCCCCGUUCUCCGCCCACUCCCUCAUGUUGCAAUCCUGAGAGAUGAAUUUACCCAGCUGUUUAAUGAGGAUUAUGAAGAGGAGGAGGAAGAGAUGGAAGCAAGAGGAGAGCACACACUUUCAGAAAAAUUUGUCUGCCUGGAGCACACGUUUGGCCACGACUGCAGCCUGAGCUGCGAGGACUGUAGAAACGGUGGCACGUGCAACGAGGAGCAGACUGGCUGCGACUGUCCGGAGGGCUGGAGCGGCAUCGUGUGCAACCAGACCUGCCCGGAAGGCACCUUCGGGAGGAACUGCCGCUUCGCCUGUCGCUGCGCCAACGGAGGCACGUGUGACGCGGUGACAGGCGCUUGCCGCUGCCCGCCCGGCGUCGCGGGAGACCUCUGUGAAGACGGCUGCCCUAAAGGAUUUUAUGGGAAACAAUGCAGGAAAAAAUGCAACUGUGCAAACAGAGGUCGGUGUCAUCGGAUUUAUGGAGCCUGUUUGUGUGAUCCCGGCUUGUAUGGACGGUACUGCCAUUUAGUUUGCCCAAAGUGGGCGUUUGGCCCUGGAUGCUCUGAAGAGUGCCUCUGUGCGCAGCACAACACUCAGGACUGUGACAAGAAGGAUGGCUCGUGCACGUGCAAGCCUGGUUACCGUGGCAAAUGGUGUGAGACAAAAUGCGACCCUGGCUACUACGGGGACGGCUGCAAGCAGAAAUGUGGCUGCCCUCCAGAAGCGCCCUGCGACCACGUUACUGGAGAGUGCCGGGAGGAGUGUCCCCGGGGCUACCACGGGGACAACUGCGAGCAAGAAUGCCCGGAGGGAAAGUUCGGCGUCGGCUGCCUGCUGUCCUGCUCGUGCGGGGACUCCCCCUGUGACCGCACCACCGGCGAGUGCCUGUGUUUGCCAGGCUGGACAGGCCACGACUGUGCGCAAGCUUGCCCCGAAGGUCGCUGGGGCCUGGGCUGCCAGGAGGUCUGUCCCGAGUGCGCUAACAACGCCCGCUGCGAUCCCGCCGCGGGGAGGUGCGUCUGUCCGCCGGGAUUCACCGGCAGUCGCUGCCAGGAGGGGUGUCCGCCCGGCUGGUUUGGUCCGGGCUGCCAGCUGAGGUGCAGCUGUGGGAACGACGGACCUUGUCAUCCUGCGACGGGGAAGUGCAGCUGUGCGCCUGGCUGGACGGGCCACGACUGCAGAAGAGCCUGUGACGCAGGUCGCUGGGGCCCGGACUGCGCUAACGCUUGCAACUGCAGCAACAGUGACGGGAGCUGCAAUACGGCGACAGGGCAGUGCAUCUGUGAAGCCGGUUACACAGGAGUCCGCUGCGAUGAGAAGUGUCCAGAAGGAUGGUUUGGGCUGAACUGCCGACACCGGUGUCAGUGUGACAACGGGGCUGUGUGUGACCACGUCAGUGGCGCGUGUACCUGCAGCUCAGGCUGGAGAGGCACCUUCUGCGAGCGCACCUGUCCAGACGGAUUUUAUGGACUAGAGUGUCAGGAAACCUGCAAAUGUCUGAACGGAGCCCACUGUGACCACGCGACAGGCCAGUGCCGCUGCCCCCCAGGCUGGGCUGGCCCCGGCUGUAACCAGACGUGCCAGGAGAACAGCUAUGGCGAGAACUGCAGUCAGACGUGCAACUGUUCCAACAACGCUACCUGCGACCGGCUUAGUGGCCAGUGUCUCUGUGCAGCUGGAUGGACGGGGCCCACCUGCCAGCAAGCUUGCCCGGAGGGGCUGUUUGGAGCACGCUGUGAAGAGCACUGUGACUGUGGGGACAAGGUGCCGUGCCACCACGUCACCGGCACUUGUGAUUGCCCCCCUGGCUGGAGGGGCCAGCGCUGCGAGAAGGCGUGCCUGCCCGGUUCGUUUGGGAAGAACUGUGCCAGCCGCUGUGCUUGUCCCCUGGGAGUGCCCUGCAACCACGUCACCGGCCAGUGCGGCUGCCCGCCAGGACUCGCAGGUUCAGGAUGUGAAAAAUCCUGCCUGCCCGGGACCUUCGGUGAGAGCUGCGGCCGGAUUUGCCAGUGCCCCGGCGCGAACCAGGACUGCCACCCGGUCACGGGGGAGUGCCUCUGUGCCCCGGGCUACCACGGGCCCAGCUGCCAGCUGCAGUGCUCCGCGGGGUGGUACGGCCCUAACUGCGAAAGGCCGUGUAGGUGCAAGAAUGGGGGCCGGUGCGACAUCGCCACGGGGACGUGCCAGUGUCCGGCUGGCUACGUCGGCGCUGACUGCAGCGUCGGCUGUCCGGCCGGGCGCUACGGCAAAGACUGCGCGCACGCGUGCCGCUGCGGCCACGGGGCUGCCUGCCACCCCGUCACGGGAGCCUGCGUCUGCCCGCCGGGGAGAACCGGGCCCGCCUGCGAGCACGGCUGCCCGCCGCAGCGGUACGGGCUGGGCUGCCAGCAGCGCUGCGCCUGCCGCAACGGCGGCCUCUGCGACGCGGCCGACGGCUCCUGCUCCUGCGGGCUCGGCUGGAUGGGGAAGGCCUGUGAGCUAGAGUGCCCCCCCGGCCGCUACGGCGCCGGCUGCGGGCUCAGCUGCGCCUGCCACGGCAACGCGACGUGCGACCGGCUGACGGGAGCCUGCCGCUGCGCCGCGGGCCGCUACGGGCACCUCUGCGAGCACCGCUGUCCCCCAGGUCUCCACGGCGUUGGCUGCCGGGAGCUCUGCGACUGCGAGAACGGAGCGACGUGUGACCCGGCAACCGGCCGCUGUCGGUGUCCUGCUGGUUUCUACGGAGCGCGCUGUCAGACAGGCUGUAGGGAGGGAACGUAUGGCGAGGGAUGCCAGCAUCGCUGCGACUGUGCGGGAAACGCUCCAUGCGAUCCAGCCACCGGCCGCUGCCUCUGUCCUCCUGGAAAAACUGGCGUUAGGUGUGGUUCAGACUGCCGCAGGGACCGGUACGGCCCGGACUGCGCGCUCACCUGCGCCUGUGCCUCCAGCAGCUCCUCCUGCAACGCCCGGAACGGCCAGUGCCGUUGUGUUAACGGCUAUGUAGGCCCUACGUGUCACGAAGGUGCCGUGCCUCGCCUGGCCGCGGCUGAGCAGCCGUCUUCGGCACCAGCUGAGAGCUAGAAGGCGACACGGCGGUGGAAGGAGGCCGCCGCGGAGCGCUAGCCCAGGGCAGGGCCGCGCUCAGGCUGCCGCGCCGGGCAGCCGGCCUGCGACCGCGGCAAAGCCGAGGCUGCCACCGGCCGCGACGGGGACGCCGGCGUCCGAGACCCCCCCACACACACCCCCCCACGAAGGGCCCACGCCGGAGCUCGGCAGUCAGCGAAACCCAGGCUGCUCCGUGCGUGUGCACAAAGCGCUCGGUAAACAGAGCCCCAGAGCCGACAACGUCGCGAGAAACCAGGCUCUGAGAAGGGCUGGACCGUCCCUGUCCCAGCACAUCUCCUCCGCCGCCGCUGCCGCAGCACAGCCCUGCCCAGGCGCUCGGCCUUUAAAUUAUUCCCACAGGGGCCAACGGAAAGUAAUAAAAGAAUUGUUUCUUUUCCUGAUGGAAUUUAUUUUAAUCUGUAUAUAACUUGUAAUUUUUUGCUAAUUCUUUUCUUAUUUUAUUUCUUCCUUAACAGUAUUUUUUGCAUUAGAUAUCAUGGUUGUGAAGAAAUAAUGUUAAUAUAAGUAUGUAGUGAAGGACCAAACUUGUGUAAUUAAGGUUGUAUGUUGUAUGAUUGAUAGCCAGGGAGUAGGAAGAUUUUGUUCAUGUGCCAAAUGACCCCGAAUAACCCUGCUGUUCUUGCUGCCGCUUUUCCAGACAAUCAUGUUUUGUUACAUUUGCGCUCAGAGGACAGUCGCAGUUGGACGAAGGACUCCAUUUAUUUCCCGCGGCGGUGGGGAAAGAGGAGAGGUCUGGGCCAGAGGCAGCCAGGCCCCCGGGCGCCCUCGCGCAGCAGGACGGGGCAGCGCGCGGGGGAGAGGCGCACGGCCCAGCCGCGGGUAGCCGAGCCAGCCCGGGCACGGGCCGGGAGCUUGGAUAGCCUUCUGGCUUGGGGCUGCAGUGCUCUGUUUCUAUAUUUUUUAAAUCAUGGGGUUUUGUAUUUCUUAAUACAGUUUGUUUACUUCUUGUUUUCAUCCAGCUAGCAGCUGUUUUCAGAUCCCAGCUCCUCUAAUUUAGCUAUGGUUACACGUUUUAAUUUUUCCAGUUAAGAUGAAUAAACAGAAAGUCUGAUUGAAUUUCUAUUUAUCUUGUAGCUCUCAUUCAAUUACACUUGAAAUACGUUGCAACUCAUAGCAGAUGCUUAGCUUUUGUUUUGUUUUGCUUCUAAACAAAAGCAGUCACCUCUUUUGAAGGAUGGUUCCCGAGGCAUGCACACGUUGAGUACAAGCAGAGGCUAGAAAGACUCUGCUGUCAGAAGGAAGCUUUCCUUCGAGCAUCAGCAGCAGGAAGGAUCCGAGUCCUUGGCUUCACUUAGACAGAAGCUAUAGGGCUUACAGACAUCCAACGCCACUAACAUAUUAAGCUCAGGAACCAGUGCUACUCAUGUUGUGUGCAAUUUAAUUUUGGCACGCAGAAAGAACACACUUUUCAUGAGGAUCCAAAAAUUUAUUGGUAGUGUAAUUAAUCCCUUUACGGUCCAAUCAAAACCAAACAGUCGGAACAGUGCUACCAUUCAGAAUCCAGAUCAAGACGGCAAAGUGAACUGCCUUACUCAGAAAAGCAGAACUGUCAUCUCCUUUUCACGUGGAGCGACGUCCCUCUGGUUAGGAGGACUGCCUCCGAAAUGCACACCGACCAACAGCUGCUGCAGCCCUGUUUCCUGCAACGUCUUCGAAGGACUUACUAAACGAAUCAUUUGACCCAUUAAAAACCCAAAUACAAACUACUCAGCUACCGCAAAACUAGUCUGCCUCAGCCCUUUUCUUUAAUCACUUGUAGGCAGUAACUUUUGGGGAAAUAAGCAGGGUAAGUGACCCUUCUGCAUGCUGGAAGGCUGAGGUUUGAACCUCCUUGAUUACAUCUCUUCCUCAGCUGGACUGAUGCUCUUUCUGGACAUACUCACCUGCCUCUCCUCCCCCUUCGCUGCUAUGCGGCAGGUGGGAAGAAAAACUGGUAAGGAGCUUGGAAAGCUCCAGGAACCGCAGCAGUGCUCUUUCUACUCCUGGCUUUGCUCUCCUUGUGUGGAUUCCCUUCCCUAUGGCUGGAACAUAUCAUUUCUGGCCCUAGCACUGAAUCCACGAGACCAACUCCAAUUGCACCAGCCUCUGGCAUCUGCGAGUUAACCAAGUGACCGAAAGAGACUGGGAAUCACCUCAGCCUGCAGAGGCUGCAGCUGUGUUCAAAAAAGAAAAGAAUAAUUUGAGGGGGGG